UUACGUUCCAUCGCAAGGUGUGGACGUGUAUGCUAACGAGCGAGCGACUGUUAGGAGCUGGAAGUCAGGACGUCGCGUGUUCUAAGCGUUUUUGGCCGUGUUGCUGUGAUUCUGGCUUGGUGCUAGUAGUAGUGUCGCAUCACUUUCACGCACGAUAAGGCCCCGAAGCCCCCGCGUGUGACGUCGUCUAUCAACCUUUCGCCGACGUGCAACGCAUACGCAUACAUAAAAGCGGCUCAUCAACCUGUUCUCUUCUGUGCGUGCGUGUGUGUGUUUGUGCCUUUCCCCCAGUGUAGUGGUGACUCGGCUCUGUGUGUGUGUGUGUGUGUCCGCCCGCCAUCUCGCUCCAACGUCCGUGGCCCUUUCGGGUGCUGGAACCGCUGCGGCCCCGUGUGUGUGUCUCUCUCUCUCUCGCGCGCGCGGCAGCACGCUCAUCGCGCAACGCACAAAACAGAACCCGAUCGUCGGUUCGGUCGGCCCGGCUCGUUCAUUUCUUCGCUCGCAAUCAUCCGAUACGGUACGGUGUGGUGCAGUCGCUCUACUCUCAAACCCUCUAACUCAGCAGCAGCAGCAGCAGCAACCUCCAAUUCACCAUUUGCGUUACGUGUUUUUCUAUUGUUUUUUCGCCCCCCCCCCUGUACCCAGCGUGUAACACGUAGUUGUCCCCGCUCGCGUCCACCGGGACCGAACUUUGAACUUUUUGUCGGUGUUACUUUACUGUGCGUACGUGUGCGUGUGUGUGUUUCGCUCUGUGCAGUGCGCGUGCAACCCUUCGGUGCAAGUUUUAGAACGAGAACAAGGAACAAGCAACAGCAUGUCGUCGAAAGUGCAGGAAAAUGGCAGCGCCACCACCACCACCACCAACACUACCGCUCCAACCAACAGCGACAGUACGGCACCGAACAACAGUGCGCUGCUGCCGCACCUCGAGUCGCUCGACCGGAUGCUGAAGCUGCCGGUCGUGGACGCGACCUGGCAGCAGACCCAGAACGUGUACGGGCGCGUCAAAGAUUACAACCCGCUGCUCACCUGGGCCCUCGGCACGGCGGAGGACGUCGUCUGCCGGGCGGUGACCGUCUCGGCCCCGCUCGUCCAGAAGCUCGACCGGCCGCUGCAGCUGGUCGACCAGACGCUCGUCAAGGGCAUCGACAAGCUGGAGGUGAACGCGCCGAUCAUCAAGGAGCAGCCGGCCGACAUCUACCAGCAGGCGCGCACGCGCGUCAUCGAGUCGGUCAAGCCGCACAUCGAGAAGGUGUGCGAGCUGCGGUCCGCCUCGCAGCAGCGGGCCGCCUCGCUGAAGGAUCUGUCCUGGCGCAAGGCGAACGAGGUGCUGGCGACGCAGUACGGCAGCCUGGCGGUGAACGGCGUCGACACCACCGCCCAGCUGGCCGAGCGCCUGCUCGACUACUACUUCCCCAAGUCGGACACGGAAUCGGAGGACGAUAAUGUGCCCAUCUCCGCCAAGGACGAUCCGGUCCUGCACACGGUCCAGACGGUCGGGCGGCUCUCGAACAAGGUGGCCCGGCUCGUGUACCGCACCGUCUCGACGCAGGUGAAAUCGCUGCGGAAGGAGGACGUGCGCGACUACGUCGCGACGCUCAUCGCCGUGCUGCGCCUCACCCAGUACCUGAACUUCAUCAACGAGAAGCGGCAGGCGGUCGAGGCCGGCAGCCCCAAGGAGCCGGCCCCCAGCCACCCCGCUACGACCCCCGCCGUCCCAGCCAGCAACACUACCGCCACCUCUACCCCCAGCAGCAGCAGCACCACCACGUCCGAUGUGGUCGCCACGACCAAGAGCAGUAAAACGUUGCAGCAGCAAGACUAGAGAGAGGGAGAGAGAGGGAGAGAGAGAGAGAGAGAGAGAGAUUCGGUGAAAUUAUAGUGACUGGGAGGGAAACAAAACAAUGAGGGAGGGGGAGGGGAGUGUGGGAAGAGGGCCAAAAUGGGAAUUAAUUAGGAUGUUCGAAAACACACACAAAAGCACACACACACCCUCCGAUGUUGAUGGGUAAUAGCGCAAUUUUAGAGGGACAACACAGAGGAGAGGAAUCAUUCUGUCGUACGGAAUGCAUUUGUUUUCGUUUUUUUUAAGGCCAAUAUGUGUGCCAACCAGGAUGAUAUGCUGAGAUAUGCUUAGCGAAAGAUCAAGAUGCGCUGUUGUCGCUAUAGAGAGAUAGGGAAGGGUGUGUGUGUGGGUGUAACAGUGUUUGUGCAGGAGCAUAUGCUUAUGGUGGAUACACCAUAGUGCGGAGGAUAUGCGCGCAGCAAGUUCGCGCAGAUCGUGAUGUUUAGGGCGGACCUCCUUCUUCCUCCCCCCCCCGCCUCCCCUACCAUGGCUUUCAUGGCUGGUUAUACAACUAAUUCGAUAAUAAGCUUUAUCUGCGCAUACCGCGACCGUGUGUUCGGGCGUCUUUAUUUUUUUUUUUGUGUGUAGGUUUAUUGCGUGUUUAUAUACUACAUGUAUACUGUUUUUUCUGUUUCUAUUUUUUUUUUGUUUAUAUAAAAAAAGUCUUGUUAAUAAAACAGAUUCGAUUACAAAACUGCGGC